CCGUCUCUACAUGGCGUUUCCGCGUGUAGUGCGAGCUGCAUCGGUGCUGGUGCCGGUGCCGGUGCCGGUGCCGGUGCUGGUGUUGGUAUUGGUGUUGGUGCUGAUGGCGCCUCCAUUAACCACCGGCUUCAACGUGGACACGGCACAUCCGGUGAUCUUCCGCGGCCCGGUGACCGACCCGACCGGCCGGCAGACGCGCGCAGACACCUACUUCGGCUACUCAGUCAGCCUCGGAGGCGUUCGGGAAAGUGACGGUCCCUGGCUGCUGGCGGGCGCGCCGCGUGCCAACUCCACCCUGGGCCUGAACCCGCCGUCACGCGUCCUCGAGCCGGGCGCCGUGUUCAAGUGUCCGCUGCGUCGCGGCGCCGCCUGCCAGGAGGUGCUCGUGGACCGCACGGGGAACGUGCCUGACCCCGAGAGGCAGUACACGGACCUGAAGGACCAGGGCUGGCUGGGAGGCGCCAUGGAGUACGCCAGUAACGGCUGGUUCGCCACGAGCGCAUUCCGGUGGCGCAAUACCAAGUACCCCAACAAGUACCUGGGCAAUGGUGUUUGCUACGUGGGCACUGACUCCGUGAGCGACGACAGCUUCCGAAAGGAAGUGCCACUCUACGAUAAGAACAGUCAGAACUAUAUUCUUCCUGAUCGACGCUUGACGUACUUUUAUUCGUACGGUGAGGCCGGCACGUCUCUUCACUUCCCCGAUAACGGUCACGAGCUGAUCCUGGGAGCGCCGGGAGUGUUUGAGUGGACGGGAACCAUCAUUAGGUACAGCGAGGUGGAUGACCUAACUGUAGGACCGACUAUUCCCAAUCCGUAUUUGACUAAGACCCUCCAGAAUUACGACUACUUUGGGUACUCUGUCGGAUCGGGGCGCUUCUCCAGCGACUCUCAUGACACGCUGUACCUGGCGGGCGCGCCCCGCGGAGCCGAAGGAAAGGGCCGCGCUCUUCUAGUCGACUUUCCGCUGCGAAAUGACCAGCCCUUCUCUAUCAAGGCCGACUGGGUGGGCUCCAGUCUCGGGGAGUACUUUGGCGCCGCCGUGCUGGCCGUUGACAUCAACGGCGAUGGACUGAGCGACGUUGUAGUGGGCGCUCCACUCUUUCAAGAUGGCAUCUCUGUUGAACAGGGUAGAAUCUACGUCUACAUCAACGCAGACCACGGUCUAUUCAAGUCGGCUCGGACGUCCGUAGGCAGUGGAGUGUCGCACGCACGUUUCGGCAGUACUCUGGCUUCGUUGGGUGACAUCGACAACGACGGCUUCUUCGAUUUCGCCGUCGGUGCCCCUUACGAGGAGGACGGCCGGGGCGCCGUGUACGUGUUCCGGGGCGGACCUGGGGACUUUGUCACCACGGCCUCACAGCGGAUCGCCGCCAGCGAGCUCAACGCCGACCUGCGCGGCUUCGGCAUCAGCCUCUCGCGGGGCGUGGACGUGGACGGCAACCGGUACCCGGACGUGGCCGUGGGGUCUUACGCCAGCGGCGACGCUGUGCUGCUGCGCACCCGACCCGUGCUUCAGUUCGCCGCCACACUGUCGGCCCAGCCGGAGAAGCUGGAGGCGGACACCAGGGAGUUUGAGGUGCAGGCGUGUCUGUCUUACGACGGCCCAUUCCUUCCCAUGAGUGUGAGAGUCAACGUUACUUUAAAGAUAGAGUCUUUCCACGCACAAAGUGUUCUGGUGGUGGGAGGCGAGGACGUGCGCUCAUCCACUGACGUUUGGCAGCUGAGCGCCUCCAAAGCUACGUGCCGCACAUACUCUGUGGCGAUUCGCUCUCAGGAUAGGAUUGAUGUCACGAAACCAAUCCAGCUCAGUAUGCGGUACAACUUGCCAUCGGACGGUGCUUUGACGUCGGGGGAGAAUGCUCUGUUUAUUGAUACAGACACCAGAAAGCGUCCAGCAGGUCUCCGAAGAAAACGAAGACAGAUAGAAUUUCCUAGCAGCCUCCAAGGCAUCGACGACUUUUGUAGCUCGUGUCCGGUGCAAGACACCAGCAAGAACAAUCAACAAAUGAUGACACUGAUGGUACCGUUUGCCAAUGGUUGUGGCCCUGAUUCUGUUUGUCGCACUGACCUCCAUCUUUCCUUUGCCUUUCCUGAUUUGAGUGAUAACGUGUACGUCAUCGGUUCCACGAAGACGCUGGAUCUGGAGCUCAAGUUGACGAACGGCGGCGAGCCGGCGUCGCUGCCCAGCCUUACCGUAAUGGUGCCGUCACCGGUCACCUUGAUGCGGAUACCGCCGGCCUGUGAGGAGGAUAAGAUCGCACAUGGUGAUACUAAGCUCACGUGCUCAGUCCAGCCUCAUCCAUUCCUUAGUGAUUCGAAAUUCGAGAUCAGCAUUCCUUUGGAUGUUUCCUCGGUGACGAGCAAGUUCACCAGUCUCAAAUUCAACGUGUCGGCUACAUCCACCGGCGAGGAGCAGACUCCGGGUGACAACGUGGCCAACAUAACUCUCGGACUUCUCAGUCAAGCUGAUAUGGAAAUUGUAGGAAAGGCUUUUCAGGACGAAGUUCUCUAUACCAAAGAAGAGGAGCUUACGGAAGAUAACAGGGACAAGGCCGAAUAUCUUGACAUUCAACACACCUUCCAAAUAUUGAAGUACCUUCCAACACCCGUGGAAAGAGUCUCUCUAUCAUUUCUAGUACCCGUGAAUAUCACUAUUGCUGGCAAGCCUGUCAACUUUCUGCGAAUGUAUCCGCCGACGGCGCUGCUGGGCGGGGAGCCGUUCAGCUGUUCGCUGCAGGACGGGGACGUUCUCCGGUCCGGAGGACCUGAGACACCCGCUCACUGGUCCCAGCCGACCACCGCGCCAGCCCGGAGACGGCGCAGCGCCGACGGCCCGGCGGACGGCGCGCCGGCUGCCUCCGACGCCUAUCCGCUGCGGUGCUCGGAGGGCUCCGACAUCCAGUGCGCCCGCAUCGCCUGCCAGACAGUGUCCUUCCUGGACACGGUCACGCAGGCCACCGUCACUCUGAGCAUGCGCCUGGACGCCGCCGCGCUGCGGCCGCGGCUGGGCGGCGCGGCCGGCGCCAGCCUGUUCACCGAGGGCGAGGUGCGCCUCCUGGAGGGCUCGCACGUCCCCCCAGAGUUCAACAGUCGACCUGACACGGCCUCAGUGGCGACGCGGCUGCUGCCGAGCACGCCACAGGCGCAGCCGGUGGCCGCCUGGAUCAUCGUGGUGUCGGUGCUGGCCGCGCUGGCGCUGCUCGCCGCCAUCGUGUUCGGCAUGUACCGGCUGGGCUUCUUCAAAAGGACGAAACGCGACCAGCUGCUGGAGGAGCGUGACGGAGCUGCCGGCGAGACGGACAAACUGAACUCGGGGGAGCAGUAAAACGGCCGGGACUCCGGAAACCGGUGGCGUUGUCCCGCAGGCUUAGGAUGUGAAAACUGAGUGUAGGUAUGUUAGGUCAGGCUCCUGAAAGAGUAUGAAACAACUGAUGGAAGAUAAUGUUUUCCCUUUUACAAGGGGCGGGGGAGAAUGCGACGAAAAGGGGAACUAUACUUUAAUUAGGCAAGCACAGAACACUGUUGCCCCGAUAAAUCAGACUGGAUGCGUGUUUUAUGAUGUGCAAUGUUUAUAACUCCAAAGUAAGCUUGUAGACACGAAUAAUUAGGUAUAACUAAUGUAGCCUUGGCAUACGUGUUUGACGUCGAGUCACAGAGGUGGGUGCAUCAUUAGUUGCUUCGACUUGUAGAUAAUUUUUGGGUAGUGAUGUUAAUUGUUCGCUUGCUCACUUUUUUGGUGUAAUGCAAGCGUUCUUAACAACUGCGGACAUUCAAGAGAAGCGGUCACUGUUUUGCAAUGGCCAUAGCCUUUAGUAACCAUUUUGUAUUCAUAUUUAGUCAAGGAUUUCCCGCAUGUGAUUGAGUUUGUGACUUUGCGAAUGUGUGUAUGUGUAUGUGUGUGCGCGUGCUGACCGCUACGGUGCGCUCGGUGCGUAUUUGACCAAUGGCUAUUGCCCCUAUAACAUAGGUAAAAUAAAGUGGUUUUCUAAGUGUG